GGGCCAAAUACGGUGAAGGGAGACGGAGGCCUUCCUCUGGCUAUGUCGUUGGCUUAUAUAGAUGCACUCCACUCUUGAAACGCACGACAGGCGCCGUGUGCUACUGCAAUCUUCUCUCCCCUUCCUGACUCAAGUGCGGCUCAGCUUGUGAUUGAACGAACUGCCGUCACCCAUGUGGAAAGCCUCGAUAUGUCAACUCCUGCGGUCAAACAUAGCGCUGGGAAUUCUCCAGAGUCUGUAGAUCUGACCAAGCCGAAGCAGGCCAGUCGAUCAGUGUCCCUUCUUACCCCGGAGCAACUGCAGCGAAAGCGGGCUCAGGAUCGUGAAAGCCAGAGGCAGACCAGAGCUCGAGUAAAACAGACAAUUUCGGAGUUAGAGAAAAGAGUGGAGGUCUUGACUCGAGAGUUACAGCUCGCAAGAUUAGAGAAUGCCUCGCUUCAAGAGAAGAAUCAGCUUGCACCGCAAGGCGCAAUCCCCUCCAUGCCACCCCAGCAAGCUAUUACCCGCCCAGAAGACUUUUCAGAGGGGACUGCUGCGAUUAUGGAUGUCGUGGUGAGACGAAACGGCCAGCAACCGCAGCAGUGCAUGUCAAUGGGCUCGCAAUAUUCAAGUUCGUUGGUUGUGACGGGUCAGAUAUGCUCUGAUCCUGGACGCCAAGCAAUAGUGGACCCAGGUCUCUUGUACUUGUACGAUGAUUACGAGCAGCAGCCGAUGUCUAUUCCGGUUUGGGAUGCCAGACCAAUUCAUUACUCUGCGACAAGCAGGUUUGACAAAUUUUGGCUCGAGCUGAUCGAGAGUAUGAAACGCAGGAAUGCAACCGGAGCUAAUGCUUCAGAGUUUACGAAUCCAAAAUUUCCGCAUGUACAAGCGCUCUUAACUCCCCAGAAUUACGCCGCCUCAUUUCCUUUAACGACAGCGAUUGUCUCGAAUGUGAUCUACGUCAUGACCGUGGAAAGUCUUCCUGAGCAAAUUGCUAUCUUGUACGUUAUGUGCUACAUGAUACGAUGGAUGAUCACUGGCAGCGAAAACGACUACUACGAAAUGCCAGACUGGCUUCGACCUACGGCUGCUCAAACAGUCACUGCUCAUCCAGCAUGGGUCGAUGUGAUACCCUGGCCAAAAUCUAGGGACAGAUUAUGUCGAGAUAGUUAUUACCACGACAAAUACGAAGCAUUUAAAAAUGCAUGCAAUGAAACAAUUUCUGUCAACUGGCCAUAUGAACCAACAGAUACUCUAAUUAGAAACUCGGCGACGGAAUUCACUGUCAACCCAGUCUUCAUCACACAUGUUCGAAACCAUAGUAACUGGACUCUUGGUCCUGGAUUUCUUGAGAAAUAUCCAGACUUCGAAGGCGAAGUCAACAUUGGAAAGCCUCGUGAGGCGCGCCCGCACUGACAAAUAGUUAUUCGUUGCUCUAGAGAACCGACAAUUGACGUUGAAGAUACCUGAAACGGAUGCAGAGGAAACAAUCGGGAUACUCGAUCGGGGCAACAGCGU